GGACUCGUCGUACUAACAGAUUGAGAAGUCUCACCUCUCUCCCCCUUCCCGGUGCCCAAAACCCAGCCCCAAUGGCCGCCAACCCGCCGCCUCCGGCGCCGCCGCGCAUCCUCCUCGCCGGCGACGCCCACGGCCGCCUGCACCAGCUCUUCAAGCGCGUCAACUCGGUGAACCAGUCGACGGGGCCGUUCCACGCGCUGCUCUGCGUGGGGCAGUUCUUCUCCCCCGAAGGCGAAGCCGAGGUGGGGGACGUCGCGGACUACCUCGAGGGGCGCGCCGCCGUGCCCGUCCCGACCUACUUCACCGGCGACUACGGCCCCGCCGCGCCGCGGCUGCUGUCGAAGGCCGCCGCUGACGCGCGGGGGUUCGCCCCCGGCGGCAUCGAGAUAUGCCCCAACCUCUUCUGGCUCAGGGGCAGCAACCGCUUCACCCUCCACGGUUUGUCAGUGGUUUAUUUAUCCGGGAAGAAGGGACCAGGAGGACCUGGCUGCUACAGCCAGGAUGAUGUUGAUGCCCUGCGGGCUCUUGCAGAAGAGCCUGGGAUCGUCGAUCUGUUCUUGACUAACGAAUGGCCAGCUGGGGUGGUGAACGAGGCUGAUACGUCCAAUGUGCUUAAUCAGGUUUUGGAUCCUCAUGGGUAUGAUCCUGUGGUUGCUGAAUUGGUUGCCGAGAUUAAACCAAGAUAUCAUAUUGCCGGUACUAAAGGUGUAUUUUAUUCAAGGGAGCCAUAUGUCAAUGAUUCUGCUGCGCAUGUUACCCGUUUUAUUGGUCUUGCUAGUGUCGGCAACAAAGAGAAGCAGAAAUUUAUUCAUGCGAUUUCUCCUACUCCAGCAUCUACAAUGUCCAGUGCUGAUAUCCAUGCCAGGCCUCCAAAUGCUACUUUAUCACCGUAUGUUGCUCCAGUAAAAUCAGUCCCUAUUGGAGAAGAUCCAAAACGUCCGGCUGAAAACACUGAUGCGCAAUAUUGGCGUUAUGAUGUCAAGCGGCAAAGGCAAGGGGAAGCAGAAGGUGGUAGAUUGUGUUUCAAAUUUACAUCCUCAGGGUCCUGUCCACGAGGGAGUAAAUGUAAUUUUAGGCACGAUGAGGAGGCAAUGGAGCACUAUAAUAGAAAUGUCUGUUUUGAUUUUCUAAACAAGGGAAAGUGUGAGAGGGGCCCAGAGUGCAAGUUUGUCCACAGCCUUUCAGGGGGUGCUGCUGUAAGAGAUGCAAGACCUCGUAGUGAACGAAGAAAUGUGGAGAGCAGUUGCUGGUUCUGCUUGUCAAGUCCAGAUGUUGAGUCACAUCUUGUCAUUAGUAUCGGGGAAGGUUACUACUGUGCACUUGCAAAGGGGCCACUUGUUCCAAACCAUGUUCUAAUGAUACCAGUUGAACACUGCCCCAACACAUUAAUGAUGCCUCCGGAAGCAGAGGCAGAACUUGGGAGAUAUAAGAAUGCUCUGGCUAAGUACUUUGAGAAGCAAGGAAAGGCAGCAGUCUACUUUGAGUGGGUUUCAAAGCACUCACACCAUGCAAACCUUCAGGCUGUUCCGGUACCAUUGCCAAAAGCAGAUGCUGUUAAAAAGAUUUUUCAUCUAGCAGCCAAAAGACUUGGAUUUGAAUUUUCUGUGGUGAAUCCAGAUGGUGAUGCUAAUCAAGGUAGGGAAUCAUUGAGAUCUCAGUGUGAAAGCAAAUCAAGCUUGUUUUAUGUUGAGCUCCCAGAAGGUAGAAUACUCUUGCACACGGUUGAUGGUAAUGAGAAGUUCCCUGCUCAAUUUGGACGUGAGGUUUUAGCGGGAUUGCUAAGCAUGGCUGAUCGCGCAGAUUGGAGGAACUGUAAGCUCUCCAAGGAAGAGGAAAUCCGAAUGGUGGAUGAUUUUAAACACGGUUUCUGCGAGUUUGAUCCUGCGGAGUGACAAUGUGCUCUGUUCAUAUUUGCGAGGAGUGCUCCGUACUGAGUUUCUAAUGGAUGCAUCCUUGCAUUUGAUUUGUACCUUGAUGCAAAUUUGCAAUUUUUGUAGUGUAAUAAUGGACUACCUUUUUUCUUCA